CUGCCCCCCUCCGUCCUCUCCCCAACCAAACCUCCCCCCAUUUCCUCCUCCUUCUCCCCAAGACGAAACUAGCCAUAGCCACUGAAGCAGCAGCAGUGAGCUGCGACUACUAGCUGACAAGGCCAGCAGUGAGCAGAAGCGGAAGAACAGCAAGCAAUCAAGCGCGAGAUCGAGCGGCCAUGAAGUACGUGCUGGUGACCGGCGGCGUGGUGAGCGGGCUCGGCAAGGGCGUCACGGCCAGCAGCAUCGGCGUGCUCCUCAAGGCCUGCGGACUCCGGGUCACCUCCAUCAAGAUCGAUCCAUACCUCAACACCGAUGCCGGAACCAUGUCCCCGUUCGAGCACGGCGAAGUGUUUGUGCUGGACGACGGUGGUGAGGUGGACCUGGACCUUGGAAAUUAUGAACGGUUUCUGGACAUCAAGUUGACUCGCGACAACAACAUAACCACGGGGAAGAUCUACCAGGCUGUUAUUGACAGAGAACGAAGAGGUGACUAUCUUGGAAAAACUGUUCAGGUUGUACCGCACAUUACAGAUGCAAUACAAGAGUGGAUUGAACGUGUGGCAUUGAAUCCAGUUGACGGCACAGAAGAGCCAGCUGAUGUUUGCGUCAUAGAGCUUGGUGGCACUAUAGGGGAUAUCGAAUCAAUGCCAUUUAUUGAAGCAUUAGGUCAAUUUUCGUACCGCGUAGGACAUGGAAACUUUUGCUUGGUUCAUGUUAGUCUUGUACCAGUUCUAAAUGUAGUUGGUGAACAGAAAACCAAGCCCACCCAGCACAGUGUCCGUGGAUUAAGAGGACUGGGAUUGAUGCCUGAUAUCUUGGCAUGCCGCAGUACCCAGCCGCUGGAAGAAAACGUGAAACUGAAACUCUCACAAUUCUGCCAAGUUCCGAUUUCAAAUAUUGUUAAUCUCCAUGAUGUCACAAACAUUUGGCACAUCCCCUUGUUGCUCAGAGACCAGAAAGCCCAUGAAGCUAUUCUGAAUGUUUUAGGCCUCUGGUGUGUGGGAAGAGUGCCUCAAGAACCUAAGUUGGCUGAAUGGACUGAAAGAGCUAGCAAAUUUGAUAAAUUGAAAACUCCGGUUAGGAUUGCCAUGGUUGGAAAAUAUACUGGUAUAUCAGAUUCCUACCUGUCUGUGUUAAAGGCUCUUCUGCAUGCAUCGGUUGCUUUGGACAGGAAACUCGUGGUGGAUUGGGUUCCUUCAUGUGAUCUUGAAGAUUCUACUGCUAAGGAGACGCCUGAUGCCUACGAAAAAGCAUGGGUUCUACUAAAGGGUGCGCAUGGUAUACUAGUUCCGGGAGGCUUUGGAGAUAGAGGUGUCCAGGGAAAAAUUCUUGCUGCAAAAUAUGCACGAGAAAACAAAGUUCCGUAUCUCGGCAUUUGCUUGGGCAUGCAAAUUGCAGUGAUCGAGUAUGCCCGUUCUGUCAUGAAGCUUCAUGGCGCUAAUAGUACAGAGUUUGAUCCAGCUGCAAAAACACCAUGUGUUAUUUUCAUGCCAGAGGGCUCCACAACCCAUAUGGGAGCAACAAUGCGCCUUGGUUCCAGGCGGACAUUUUUCCAAGUCAAUAACUGCAAAUCUGCUAAACUGUAUUCCAAUGCUAGCUAUGUAGAUGAAAGACACCGCCACCGAUACGAGGUGAAUCCUGACAUGGUGCCAGAAUUUGAGAAGGCAGGCCUUUCUUUCGUGGGUAGGGAUGAAAGCGGGAGGCGCAUGGAGAUUAUUGAACUACCAAAUCAUAGGUUUUUCGUUGGCACGCAAUUUCAUCCUGAGUUCAACUCUAGACCUGGAAAGCCAUCACCACUUUUCUUAGGAUUGAUAGCAGCAGCAUCUGGACAGCUAGACCACCUGCUGCAACGUACUGGUGGCGCAGUCAGGUGCAUCACAGGCACUGGGACUGGCAAGCCGAAGCUGUUCAAGAAGAAGCCGUUUAACGGCCUGGUGACCACGUACUAUGCAAACGGCAGCAGCAUCCACAUUUAGCAGCACAGUGAAUGGUUUCUGGUGCCCCCUUUUUCUUUCUUUUUUUGGCAUUUUGUUUUCCUUUACUCUGGCAUGGAUUCAUCAUCAAUCCAUCUAUCUGCUCAA